AUGCCUCGUCCCGCGCUUCAUAUCGGCCCGAAGAAGUUAGUUGAGUCCCUGACACCGAAGCUCGAACCCGGGCUAUACCGUACACAAUCGAGCGCCCUACACGAUCUCCAAUUUACUGGUGACCUUCAGCUAUGGCCGGGCUUUUUGAGUGCUGUGCAGACCACACACCAGAGCCAUACCUGGCGCAAUGAGGUCCUAGGCCUGACACUUCAGACACGAGACCCCUAUACUUACGGAAACGUCGAGGUUGGGGACGAACAUGGUGUCCAAGGCCGGUUCCACAAAUACUUCGGCGAUGUGCUUAACACUAUCUUCACAUCACAGUCAAAGGGAAUACGCUUUGCAGAUUUCAAAUGCGUACAGUCUACUUUCAUCGGCACGCCUGAUGUGAUCUUGAAGGAUGAUAAUCACGUUUUGAAGGUCAUUGGGGAGCUCAAGGUACCGUGGGUUCGCGAGCACUUACUGGAAGAUAAGCUCAACGACGAUGACGAGCUAAGGAAUAUACUCGCUCAGCUAAUCAAGUACAUGCAGAAGCUAGGCUGUGUGUAUGGAUUUCUCAGCAACUACAAAGAGACGAUCUUCCUAAGACUGCUCGUUAACAACUAA